AUGGCGAUAUAUACUGCCGCUUUUCCGUCGAUUGUCGGUCGAUCUCAAGCCGAAACUAUUGAAGAUACUGAAGAUACGGAAAGCAUUGAAAUAACUGUGAAGAAAAAAUGUCGCGAACAAGGAUUCACAGAGAAAGAUAUCUGUCCAUUCAAACUACGGUGGUCUUUCGGAUUAAAUCCGGAAGUACCGGUCAUAAAUCUAACUACUAAAAAGCGUACGUUAUUGGCGUACGCCUGUUCGCACGUAGCGGUAAUUUACGAUUAUGAUUUAAAGAAAAUGUUACCACUCCUAGGUCACCGAAAUUUUGUUAAAAUGUUGUCAACUUCGCGUAACGGCAAGUGGUUACUAACAGCGGAUUCCGGAAAGGAUAAUGUCGUAAUGAUUUGGGAUACAGAAAAGGGGAUUUCCAUUUGCACUUUAUUUAAUCCACAUAAUAAUGAAGAUAUCACAGCUGCUGCUAUUAGUCCUAAUGCUAAACAAAUAGUCACCGUUAGCAGUGGAAAAUGUCAGAAUGUGCAUUUCUGGUUAUGGACUUAUGGAAGAGAUAAACCAGAUGCAUCGACUCCGUUAAUCAACAUUACUGAACGUGUCAAGGAAAUAACUUUCAACGACGAAUGUCCGGAAUUUGCAUUAACGACCGAUCAUCAUGUUUUAUUCCUAACUUGGAAUGGUCACGCUUUGAGUUAUGAUUGUCCCAAAGUUAUGACAAAAGUUGUUCAACAUAUUGGUGUCUUUAAUACAUCAUGCUACGUUCCAAAAAUACAACAAGUAUUUACAGCAAGUACAAAUGGCUAUAUUUUAGUAUGGGACAAUGUUUCCUGCAAAGACAAACACGCUUCUGAUGAUAUUAAUAAGAAGAAAAAACAUAGAAAGACUUUUAACUUACAGAAAAGCAGUAUUACUGUUAUUAUUGAUAACGAAGGUAUGCUUGUUACGGGAAAUUCAAAUGGUCGUGUCACUUUCUAUGAUUAUCAAUUGAGACUUUUGUAUUGGUGUGAAAGUUGCGAUCUUGAUUCCAUUCGAUGGCUAAGCUUCGAUCUUCAAUCUAAUUUGUUAGCUCCGAUAUUUAUUAGCACCGAUAUAUCUAAAAGCUCUUCUACGGGAAUAAUAGCAUUAAUGGAAAUUCCAAAGCAGAAAUGUUACUUUGUAUUUCGUCAUCCGGUUGUAAUCGUGACCAGUAUGGAUAGUUACCCAAAAAGCAAUUAUAUGAUUGUGGGCGACGCUCAGGGAACCAUACAUUUAUAUAAUUAUGAAAAACGCAUUCUGAUAACAUCAAAGAGCACGCCACCUCUUCCAAACUAUCGACCGAUUCUCGAAAAAGAAAAGAUUGAGGAAAACAUUAUUUAUGUCACCUGUCCGCAAAGUCACGAGACCUUGAAGUCCGUUACGGCUCUGAAAUUCUCGCCAAGAUGCGAUAUGUUAGUGUGUGGUUUAAAGAACGGAGCGCUUUGGAUUCUACAUCAUAUCACCUUAGAUCCUAUAGAUGAAAUACCAUAUAAGCAUUCUUCGACAGCCAUUAAUAAAAUUAUUUUCACACGGUGUGCCGAAUACAUGGCUUAUGCAGAUAACGCGUUGACUGUAGUAGUAUUUAAGAGAAAUGAUACGACCAUCACUUCAAAAUACAAUAUGUGGAAUUUGAUCGGAAAAUAUCACUCGCAUUAUUUACCUAUCAGAGAUAUACUUUUCGGCCCGGCCGCGUCCGAUUCCGAUGCACCACGGUUUUUCUCUUUGGGAGAGGAUCGAGAGCUCGUCGAAUAUGAUCUCGCGCACAGCGGACCAUAUCCAGUGCCAGGACUUAAAAUCUUGCGUAUCGAUCAGAUCGAACAAAGUGCCGUUCCUCUUUGCCUCGCGUGGUACCCUGUAUCCGACAAUGAAAAAUUUCUUAUGAUCUCAAAUUCUGAAUACAAAUAUAAGAUCUUCAGUGAUGCUACCAAGGCAAUUCACGGUACUUAUUUAGGACCCACGUUUACAACGCCAAUCUUAACUGAUAAAGUUGUUGACAAUGGCUAUGUGGUAUUUGCGACCGAUAAAGAAAUUGGUCUUCAGUUAAUGCCUUUUGAUGGUAAUCCAUACAAGAUUGUCAGUACAAUGGGCCACUCUCAAAAAAUAAUAGGUAUCUCUGUCAACCACAAUAAAAAAAUACUUUUUACCGCAGGUUACAACGAUCCAUGUGUGUUAAUGUGGAAAAUCAAACUGAAAUCUGUUGAUAUAAUGGCACGAUUAGGCGGAAAAGGACUAUCGCCAUUUUAUUGUCUCAUCAAAGGUGGGAAAAAAGGAUGGUUAGCAAAUGAGAUGAAGGAUCUGUUCUAUUAUGCGCAGAUAUUACAUCAAGGCGAGAAUACGACCGCUGCUAGAAUCAUCUCCGACACUGUAGUUGUCGAGCAAAUUCCAAAUCUUAUGCGAGCUAUUGGAUAUUUUCCGACCAACAAAGAAAUAGAGAAUAUUAUGACAGAAGUAUACUACAAACGUUAUGUUGAAACCGAUAAACUUUUACAAGAGAUCACUUUUGAAGAAUUCGUACGACUGUAUGUGAAUCACCGACCGGUGUUUGCGAUUUACAUGCGUCACAUAAAGGAAGCUUUUCAUACGUUCAUCGAAGAAGAUUCCGACAGUAUGAAAAAUCUUACUUUAACGCGAGAGCAGCUUGUGGAUAUUUUAUUAGGAGGAACGGUAUCGAAAACUUUACUGGAAGAAGAUAAACCUAUUGGUGAACUGUUGACUUUGGAAGAAGCAUAUACAUAUCUCAAGACACUCAUGUUUCCCAAAGAGGAAAUGGUUGAGACUCAACGAAGUUUGUCUCAAAAAUCUGUAUCCUUCAAUUUCCAUUUCCUUCCGGCGAGGAUAUCUUACAAAGAUUUUACCAUGGACAUCGUGGGUGUUGAAUCGCUGGAGGAAACUAUGGCUGACAAUUGA